AUGCCCAUUAAUACGUUACUCACCAGCCACCACACGAUUUUGCUACUGCAACCAAAACCGGAAGACACGCAACAGAGCAGUCGGUCGACCGCCACCGCCGCUGCAGAAACGAUCAGACAUCCGCAGUACAAAAAAAAACUUGGAAUAUUCUCUGCCGUUGUAGAACAUCAACAAACAAACGGCGGCGUGGUGACCAACGGCGGUACAGUGACCGCGACCACGUUAACGGGUCUGAACGGCAGCACGGCGAUGAUAGCCAGGGAGUGCGCCAACUGCGGCAAACGCAUAACCGAACGGUUCCUGCUCAAGGCUUUGGACCUGUUCUGGCACGAGGACUGUCUGAAAUGCGGCUGCUGCGAUUGUCGGCUGGGCGAAGUCGGAUCCACGUUGUACACCAAAGCCAACCUGAUACUUUGCAAAAGAGACUACCUCAGGUUAUUCGGAGCGACCGGCAAUUGCGCGGCGUGCAACAAGGUAAUACCGGCGUUCGAGAUGGUGAUGAGGGCCAAAAACAACGUCUACCACUUAGAGUGUUUCGCGUGUCAACAGUGUAAUCAUAGGUUUUGCGUGGGCGAUCGUUUCUACCUGUGCGAGAACAAGAUCCUGUGCGAAUACGACUACGAGGAACGGCUGGUGUUCGCCAACAUGGCCACGUACAACUCGUCCAGUCUGGCGCACAUAAGAAGGCAAGUCAGUAGAUUGCAGGUAGGACAUUCGAUGGGGCAGCCCUAUACUCGCACCACACCGUAACACAAUACACACACACACACACACACACACAC